AUGUCUUACAAUCAACGUCCCCGUAAACACCGUGUAUAUACAGAAAUUAACGGUGUACUUUAUUUAACAAUCAAUAAUUCAAAUCAAAAUCAAGACCAUUACAUUGACUCCCUGUAUUUUCCUCAGGUAUCAAAUUCAAGGUCUGAAUAUGAAUUGAGAAUUGAACAAAGAGAACGGGAUGUAGCUGUAAAGGAAAUUCAAAUGGAGAAGAAACAAAAUUCUUUAUCCCAACGGGAAUCCCAGCUCGUUGCUAAAGAACAUGGCUUUUCUAAUAGAAGUAUAUUACUUGAUGAAAAGAGUAGAAAGCUUGCUGCUGAUAUGAGAUCAUAUCAAGAGAAAGAUGCUAUGAUAAAGAAUCGAAUUAAAUUAUUUGAAGCUGAUAAAGCAAAAUUUGAAAAUUACAAGACACAGUAUGAAAGGACAAAAAAUCAAUUGGGUCAGAAUUUAAUUUCAAGAUUUGAAAAUAUGGUUGAAUCACAAAUUUUAUCAAAUAUUUUAGGUGAUUUUGGUGAAUUAAGAUUUGAACUUGAUAAUUUUAUGCAAUGGACUUCAGAUGAAGUAGAAGAUAAUAUAAUUAAUAAUAGAAGAGAACUUUCAAGGUUGAAACAGCAAAAUGACCAAUUGCUUGAAACAAUUAGAUCAUACGACGAGAUAAUGGGCAUUCAGGUGACUCGCUUUAAUUGUUUGUUUAAUGAGGUUUCAUCCAUUAAACGUAUACAAACAGGAAUUGCUGAUUUAGAAAAGAGAUUAGAAAUGAAGGACAAUAUAUUGGCAUUAAAAGAAAUUCAAUUGAGCCACAGGGAUAAGGAUUUGAAAGCUAAAGAUAACCAAUUGAAAGAACUUGCCAAUCAAUUAAAAAUUAAGGAUGAUGAAUUAUUAGCUAAAGAGAAGGAAUUAAUGGACAAGGAUAAAGAGCUACUUGCCAAAGAUAAAGAAUUAUUAUUGAAGGAUAGAGAACAACUUGAUAAAGAGAAAUCAAUUAUGAAUUCUCCCAUAGAAACAUGGGGUUAUGAAACCCAAUUGGGAAAGAGUGAGAUCAAACUGAAUGAAGAACCAGAUGCCAAAUCCAUGAAGAAUGAUUUGAAUAAACUUCAAUUGAAUAUGAAUUCCGCAUUGUGUCAGUUUGAAAUGACCAAUGAUCAGAUUGCUGCUAAUUUGGCUAAAACUGAAAGAGUAAAAGAAAUCGAUGAUGAAUCAGAUACUGAAAGCGAUCCUGAAACCAUUAAUUCUUUGAAUAAUUUCAGGAAUAUUGUUAAGAAAUGUAUUCCUACUUUUGAUGAUACACCUUUUGAAGGGGAUGAAAACGUUAAACAUGCAGAAUUUAAAAGAGAAUUUGUUAUUAAUGGAUCUCAUGAUCCUAAUAUAGUAGACAAGAUAACCAAGCUUCAAAAUCAUUUUAGGGAAGGAAAACUUUCUUCUGAACUUUGGCCAAUUGAAGCAGAAUUCUAUCUUGAAGGAAAUUUACAGGAUACGUAUACGAGACAACGUAGUUAUCCAUUGAUACCUGGUAAUAUGAGAUGGUUAGAUAUUGGCAAAGUGCUUUUAAGUAAUUCUAUUGUCAAGUAUAAUAUUGAUACGUCAGAAGAAGAUGAAGAACCUGAAGACAAGCAUGAAGAAGAGGAAGAGGAAGAAGCAGCAGUGGGCACAAAGGAUGAGGAGGAGCAAGUUCAUGAAGACCAAGAAGAAGAAGAAUCGACACCUUCAACAAUAUCCCUUGAUGAGUUUACAGAAGAGGAAGAAGUAGAUAUAACAUCCGGAUUAUCAACCGAUUAUGAAGCUGAUGUAGACUAG